AGUUAAUGCGAAAAAAACGAAGCCGCUUCUAAGUUUGUGGGUAACCUGGUUGUGCAUAGACAAUUGCCACUCGGUUACCCUGUGUGGGCGAUACCAUCUUCUUCCUCGCUAGAAACUGAAACAGCAAAAGAGCAACAAUGGCGCGCGGAGUAAUUGCGUUUCUAUCUCCUCAAACCAGAACCACCUCUGUCUCCGCCGUCCUUGCAACUUCAAUUUCAACGUUGUACCCAAAUAAGCCAAGAAAUGGCGUCGUUUCUUUCUUCUUCCGCCGUACUUCUUCUAGUUUCUUCUGCAAAUGCUCCCAAAGUAAUCAAAACCAACUCCCUAUUGAAUACACUGAAAUCUUUUCAAGAAGGAUGCAAAUGGCAGCCCUUAAACCCCACCAUCGCAUUGCUAUGGGGGUCUCUGGUGGUGCGGAUAGUAUGGCCCUAUGUGCUCUAAUGACACAUUGGAAGACUUUUGCAAAUGGUGGUUGUUUUGACAGUUCCGGCUUUGUCGAUGGCUUACUUGCCAUUAUCAUUGAUCAUGGGCUAAGGUCAGAGAGUAAAGAAGAGGCAGAGACUGUUUCUCGUUGGGUUUCUGCUAUGGGAAUCAGAUGUGAGAUUGUGCAUUGUGAUUGGCCUGAUGGUCUCCCUAAGCUGGGGCGCCUAGAAGAAGAAGCUCGUGAUAUGAGGUAUAAAAUUUUCCAAGAUGUUUGCUUCCAGAACCAAAUUGGUGUUCUGCUUACUGCACACCAUGCAGAUGAUCAGGCUGAGUUGUUUAUCCUAAGGUUAUCUCGCAAUAGUGGAGUGCUCGGACUUGCAGGAAUGGCAUUUACGUGUCAGUUAUUCCCUAAAUUCCCAUGUGUUAUUGGUGAUAUAUCAGACAAUCAAGGCAUUUUAUUGGUACGACCCCUCAUGGAAUUUAUCAAAGAAGAUCUAUACAAGAUUUGUAAUACCAAUAAUCGUAAAUGGGUGGAAGAUCCCUCAAAUCGGAGUUCAUUAUUUGCUCGAAAUAGGAUCCGCAUGGUACUGCAAGAUACAAAAACCUGUGGAUUCAGGUCUGAACUACAAGGAUUAAUUGCACUUUGCAGGCAAACACGGUUGUAUGUUGAUUACAGUUGUCGGCUUCUGUUGGAUCAGGCUGUGACCAUAAUGCCUUAUGGUUAUGCUGUUAUUGACCUGGCAAGUCUAAACCCAUCCCAAACAGAAGAAGUAUGUCUGUCUAGAUUUCUGGCACUAGUUUUGCAGUUCAUCUCACAGAGGCAGAGACCAGUGCGUGGAAGUGCUUCUAGGCUGUUGCUGGAUUAUAUUCGAACUUUUCCUUGCAAGACCUCCUUUACAGCAGCUGGUUGUUAUCUCUGCGCCGCUCCUGGCACCAAAGGAACCAAGGUCCUUGUCUGUUGCUCAGUUCAAUCCGUUCUUCCCUCAAAAACAGAAUUAUAUUCCACAUAUCUUGGCCAGGGGCAAAAACAAUGUUUUUCAUCUGAUGCGGAGCAAAUAGUCAUAGAUCAAAAAAAAAUCGUGAACCACUUAGUUUCAGAUGCUUCACAUGUUCACUUUCACGAUGAUGUGGCUUCAAACUCUGUCCUAGUUGAAGCUAGAAGACUCAAAAUUCUUAGUGAGUGUACCUACGAGUCUAUUUUACAGUUGCAGAUGAAAGAGAAACAACUGUUUAAGUCUAAAUCAGAAACUGUGUGUAGCAGCAAGCCGAAGAAUGAAGUAGAAUUAGUACCUAGUAAAGAACCAUUUCGUCCAGGACAUAGCUGUUACUUUAUGAGCAGGUUCUAUCUUGCAUGGAUGUCAAAUGAUGGAAAGGACUCAUGUUUUAGUUCCUUGGAAGAUGGUGGGAGAACAAGCCAUCAGGAUUGCAGUUUGUGCAUUGGUGGUGAUGCAGUAGCUUACAUUCGUCACAUGAUUGAUGAAGACUGGUUGUUUCUUGCAAAAUUGUCAAAGGCUGAAGAUUCCUGCACCUUUAAACAACAGAAGUUCCUUGUUAAAAAUGGUAUGGAGGAAGUAACUGACAAGAUAAGUUUAUUUUCCAAUUAUGCAAGAUCGUCAGCUAAACAGGCACUAAAAAAUCUGAAAAGUAUUCCGGUUGCUGCUCGAAGAAGUUUACCUGUCAUAGUCAGUACAGAGGGCUUCCUGCUAAGCAUUCCAAGCAUUGGUUUCAAUCAUUGCCCUUACUUGGUGAUAUCCGCACAAUUUAAGCCCAGAGUACCACUUGGGGGAGGACAUAGUUCAUUCAUGUAGAUAGUUGAUAUGCAACUUCUGUGAAGAGAUGAUCAGUUCCGCCAAUUUACCUGCACAAAGAUCUUGUCUGCCCUGAGUUUGUCGCUGAAAUGAUGACUUCUGGCCUUGCUAAAGGUCGAAAUGCUAGCCGCCAAAGUUCCAGUGCUCCCGAAAUGAAGAUCUGUCCUAUCAGUAUCCCGAAAAAUUAAUUUGUAAUUUUCCUGGCCCGGGAUACAAAAGGAAAUGAUCCAGAUUUUAUGGAGUAUGUGUUUCCUUUUAUGUUUCGAUAGUUUUUUUUCCCAUGGUUACCCUUGAUGUUCUAUUGUUUGAGUUUGGUGCCGUAACCUAAAGGAUACGGCCAUACGGGGUAGAAUAUAGCUAUUAGUAUUGUCCUUCGUGGCAGA